CGUCCUCAUCGCACCGCCUCUCCAUUCACCUGCCCCCCCCCACCUUGUGCAGCUCGCUUGCCCCAUGUCGUCGCUGAGGCUUCUUGAGGUGCCUCCCGAGUAUCUCUCUAUCAACCGACGGGUGCGCCACGUUGAGAGAACACUCCCCCACUACGACUUUUUCAUCAGCCCCAAGAGCUGGAAGUACUCGGUUGUAUCAAGCAUCUUUAUCCCGGUCGCUCUGUCCACGGUCUGGGCCACGUUCUGGACGACCGUGCUUGUCGUUCUCAAGAUCCGUGGCAUAACAUCUUCCUUCGCAACGUUGGUCUCGGUCGUGAUUUCUCUGCUCCUCGUCUUUCGCACAAACGGGGCAUAUGAUCGCUUCUACGAAGGACGUCGUUUGUGGGCUCAGAUCACUUCCACCAUCCGUAACACGGCUCGAACCAUCUGGAGCAGCUGCCCUGACGAAGAUGAGGAGGAUAUGGCCCAGAAGCUUAUAGCCAUGAACUUGCUGAUCGCCCUGCCCAUCUCCUUGAAGCACCAUCUGCGCGGGCAGCACGGUAUCCAGGGAGCAAGCUUUGAGCUUCAAGAGUUCCUGCCGCCGCUCCCCGAGUUCUCCCAAUUUAACCGCCACGAAUUUGCUCAGGCAGUCAACGCCGCAGCACAUACCCACAAGGGUGCCUCAACUCCACCCAUGUCCCCAAAUAUGUCUCAGCGGGCCAUCUCCCAUCGUUCGGUGAGCCACCCCAACCAUCAGCCCACGGCGGCUGGAGCCAGCUCGAACUCGAAAGAACACUACCAUGACUACAGCUGCAAUUGCGUCAAGAUUCCGUUUGAGAUCUGCAACCUGCUGAAUUCCUACGUUGGCGAGAGACGAAAGAAGGAACAGAUCCAUUUUAUGGCCGGCUCUGGACUCGGUGCCAACAUCAGCAACUUGGUAGACACCACCACCGGCCUGGAGCGUAUCCUCUCAACUCCCAUUCCGCUUGCCUACCGACUGCACUUGAAACACACCCUUGCUCUGUACUUUAUCAUUUUGCCCUUCCAACUGGUCAACGAUCUUUCCUGGCUUACCAUCCCCUGUGUUUUCCUCGUGACCUUUAUCUUUUUGGGCAUCGAAAAGAUCGGUGAGCAGAUCGAAGAGCCCUUUGGCACAGACGCCAACGACCUCCCUAUCGAAGAGUACUGUGAAAUCAUCCGCGAGGAUAUUGUACUGCUGAUGGCGAGAAGAGCAUCGAGUGCCGCCAGCUGGCGCGCUGCCACUGAUGGCUUCAGCACCUUGAACGCGAAGAACGGCAUUACUGGCACCCCGGGCUCCCCCAAAUCCCCGACGCUCCCCGGGAGCUCGCGAUCGCCUCCCACCCAGCCGGCGAAGCGCAAAACAAAGGUCUUAUUGAAGAGCCAGGCGGCUAACCCCACGACGGAUGUUUGAGCGCAUGUUGGAGGACAAUGCAACCCAUCCAGACAGAAUCGAGCGCCACUCAAAGGCUUGCAGAAUACAUCGCAUAGCUCGG